UCGUAUAACGAAGGUUCUAGUGAUAGUAAUUUGCUCUCCAAAGCUGAGUAUCCAAACUCCUCCUUCUACCCUGAACCCCUCCUCCACCUCCACCAUCAACCAUCUCAAAACCCUUCCUGCCUGACGUUCCAGAUGAAACGACGCCGUUUUCUUCCCAAAUCGCUCAUUCACAGCACGCUCUUCACAAGCUGAUGACAUUUUCUUCCAUCUUCACCACUUUUCGAAUUUCGCAUACUGCCCUCGUUACCCAUUACCACACUCUUAAACCCAACAAACUCGAAGCAUGGUUCGUCAAAAUCGUUUCAACGCUCUUUCUUCGAUUCACAAACUCAUCCGACGCCACAUUUUCGCGUUAUGUUAGUAACCACUUAACCCCUUCACUUACAUUACAAAUUAUCAAAAGACUAAACAAUCCUCAAUUAGGUUUCAGCUUUUUCCAGUUCACUAAACAAAGCUUGAACCUUUCUUAUUCAUUUUGGACUUACAAUUUUCUUUUAAGGUCCCUUUGUCAACAACAUCAACAUGAUUCAGCAAAACUUGUUUAUCAUUCUAUGAGGGCUGAUGGGUUGUUGCCUGAUAGUAGGUUGUUGGGAUUUUUGGUUUCUUCUUUUGCAUUUGUUGAUAGGUUUGAUGUUUCCAAGGAGUUUCUUCGGGAAGCUUUGUGUAAUAAGGUUGAUGUAAAUGUUGUUGUUUAUAAUAACUUUCUUAACAUUUUGGUUAAAUGUAAUAGGUUAGAUGAUGCUGUUAGUUUGUUUAGGGAGCUUGUUAGAUUCAAUUUCGAUAUUGAUAUAUUCACAUUCAAUAUCUUGAUUCGAGGUUUUUGCGUUGUUGGAGAAAUCGAUGAGGCUUUUAGGUUUUUGAAUGAUAUGAGAAGUUUUGGUUGUUAUCCUGAUGUUGUUAGUUAUAAUACUCUUAUACAUGGUUUAUGUAGAAUAAAUGAGGUAGAUAGAGCAAGAGAUUUAGUGAGAGAGAUUAGUUUAAGAACUGAGUUUUCUCCUAAUGUUUUGAGUUAUACGAUUGUGAUAUCGGGUUAUUGCAAAUUGAGUAAGAUGAAGGAGGCUUCUUCUAUUUUCAAUGAAAUGGUUACGUCUGGAGCUAAGCCUAGUGCGGCUACUUUUAAUGCACUUAUCUAUGGAUUUGUUAAGGCAGGUGACAUGGCAUCUGCACUAGGAAUGCAUAAGAGGAUGCUUUUUCAUGGUUGUUCUCCUGAUGUUGUUACUUUCACUUUGUUAAUUGAUGGAUAUUGCCGAGUUGGGCAGUUGGACUAUGGUUUGGACCUUUGGAAUGAAAUGAAAGCGAGAAAUGUUUCUGCAAAUUUGUAUACUUUCUCUAUUCUUAUUAGUGCUGUGUGCAAGAGCAAUAGACUACAAGAAGCUCGUGAGCUUUUGAGACUGUUGAAUCAGAGUGACAUUGUUGCACAACCAUUUAUCUACAAUCCUGUCAUAGAUGGAUAUUGCAAAUCCGGAAGAGCACCCGAAGCAAUUGGUAUCUUUUACAAGAUGUUGGGGACCGGUUGUUCGCCAGAUGAAGUUACUAUUAGAACUUUAAGUUCAUGUCUUUUGAAGUCUGGAAUGCCUAGUGAAGCUGCCCGCAUUAAGGAAGCUGUAUUUAAGAGUCAAAACACAAAUUCAUAUAUGCAGCAGUCUCUUUAUUAAAGUGCUACUGAAAAUCAGUGGUUAGGCAUUGCCUUCCACUGUUUUCUCUUGAGAAAAUACACUCAUCAAGCAGCAUGUCAAUAUUUUCUCUAGAUUAUCAAAAAGGGAGUCAGAAUUGGCAAUUUCCCCAUGAUUAUGCUGAUGUUGUUGGAGAUUGUUAAUUUAUUUCUCUCUAUUCAUCAUUUUUUACUAUGCAGUUUUAUUUGACAGUCUUGUUCAAUUGUAGUCAUAUUACCUAAAGAGUACAACGAGUUCUUCCUGAAAGAAAUAAAAGUGACUGAAAUAUGGAAUGCUUUCUCA